CAAGUACGGUAGAAAAGUUCAAAAAAGGAAAUUAUCUGCCGGAACGAAAAAUUACAGUUAUUAAUGCCACGGAUCACGAGAAGCGGAAGUGACGUAUUAUCAACAGGUGCGGUUGUUUUCGCUUUUGUUAUCGAUUACGCGAAACAUGGGAUAGUCAUUUGCAUUCAUUUGCAUUUGUCUUAUCUUGAGAGUGAAGUUUGUCUGUAGGAAGUUAUUAACGAUUCUGACCUCACCGAAAAAAGGUUUCGUGUCUUUGCAAUUUUUACUGGCUUUGUUUACGAAGAAGAUAUGGUGGAAAGUCAAAGGAGAAGGUGUAUGGCUUGUUUAAUAUACUUUAUCGUAGUUACUGGAUUGCUGGUUUCGGCGAAGCCGUCUUUGGACACAAGUACAGACUCAAAUACUAAACUAAACUGUGAUUUUACAAUGACUGAUUCUUCAGGGGAAAUUCUGAGUCCGAACUAUCCCGCACAAUAUCCCGACAACAAAGAAUGUACAUGGAAGAUACAGAUGCCUCGGUCGCAAAAGAUAGUUCUUGUUUUUGAAACUUUCAACUUAGAUCGUUCACCUUCGAGUGAUUUCGCCUGUGACAACGACUUUGUAGAGGUACAUGAUAACGAAGUAGGUCUUAUUGGCAAAUAUUGCGCCGGGCAUAUCCCCCCGAGACAAUUGACAUCACGUAGCAAUACGUUGAGUGUUGUUUUCAGGUCGGAUAAUCGGACAACGCUGGGAUUCCACGGUAAUUUUCGUGCAAUUUAUGCGUCUUGUGGCGGCUUUCUGACUGACACCACCGGUGACCUUUCAAGUCCCAGCUACCCAGCAAGUUUUCCGGCAGAUAUCCAAUGUGUCUGGCAAAUUCGUGUACCUCAGGACUAUGUUAUCGAGAUUCGUUUUAAUGACUUUAACAUGGAUGGAAUGUAUCCAUGCAGUGUUGAUUAUGUCAAGCUGACGGAUGGUUUUAACACCACUGCUACAGAAUUAGGGCACUUCUGUGCUACCAGGCCUCCCAAAGAGACAGUCAUUCGAUCUACUGGUAACAAAAUGUCCCUUGAAUACAGAUCCUACAAAGAGAGUAACUCAGCAGGUUUUAAGGCCCACUACACUCGUGUUCCUCACUGUAAUGGGUUUUUGGAGAGUGACUAUGGCAGAUUUACCUCUCCGGGAUACCCCGGCUCUCGCCAAAUGGAUAGAGAGUGUAACUGGCUUAUAACAGUUACAGAGGGAAAGAUAGUUUCAUUGAUGUUUGAAUUUUUCAAGGUUGAUUCCACCACCUCUAUUUUAUCAUCUUCGAGAGACUGUGGAGAUGACUACGUAGAAGUGUUUGAUGGGACCAGCGAAAAUGACCACUCUCUUGGAAAAUUCUGUACUAUUAACAACAAACCUGUGGGGAUGUUGCACUCCAGUGGACGACAGAUGCUUGUGAAGCUGCACACAAGCUUCGGAAAUAUGGGUGAUGGAUUCUUAGCUACUUACUAUGGUAUAGAUCCAGAUAACUACUUUGCAGAUUGCGAUGUGUUUGAUCACCAGUUGUUUUUUACUUGCAAUAGCGGUCAGAAAAUCCAGUGCCAAUGGAAAUGUGAUGGGACGAAUGACUGUUUAGAUGGAUCCGAUGAGAGAGAUUGCGCAUAUACUCCUACUACUGCCAGCAAGAAGAGUAAUGAUGUGCGAAACUAUGUCAUAGUUAUUCUUUCCAUCACUGGUUCUGCUUUAGCCAUUAUUUGUAUUGGCUUCAUCAUAGACCGACUGAGGAAGAAGAGAACAUCACGUCCUAGGAGAAGGCGUAACCCAAGAAGAUUGCGGCGUCCAAGACUCUCCGCAGCUGAUGAAGCCCCCUUAACAGACGAGCCAUCGUCACCACCACCACCUUAUGAACUUGCCAGUGACAGUGCAUGUUUUGAUGUCACUUUUAUUCAACCACGUCUUGGAUUCUUGCCAUCUCCUAGUGGAGAUACAACCCAUCCAGGACAAGACAGCAGAGAGAACCAGCCUCACAAUCAAGUGUCUGCAGACGGCACCCAAGAUAACUCCACAGGUAAUGUCAGAGCAGACGAAAUCACUAGCAACAGUUUUCAAGCUGAUGCACAAGAAAUGCGUACUACGGGGGCAGGAGAAGGAGACGGAGGAAGCAUCACUGGUAGUACUAUUGUUAGCACUCUCUCUCCAUCAGAGUCCAUCAGCUCAAUAAAUGACACUGCUCCACUCAUUCGAAGAACUGACAGUGUGAUCGAACUUUAACAAUAUUGCAGUGUGGGCCUUGCAAACCACCUGGGUAGCAACA